AUGCCUGUAAAGGGUGAUGAUGAUGGCGAUGAUGAUAACAAAAAGGAAAGCCUGCUGCAGCCAGCAAACACACCACGCUAUUUCGCGCACGUAGAUCGCUUGGGAAAAGAAAAUCCAGGAAAGAAGACGAAGGAGCACGAAAUAGUGCACUCGUUGAGGUUGGUCGCCGGGUUCCCGUCUUCUCUACGCAUGGAUUUUGCCUUGUUCCCUGUCCUGGUCCUGUCUAAGUCGAAUCUUCGAGUAGCAAACCAAGUUAAUGUAUGGAUGACGGAGCCCUCCACCCCUCCCCUUCGGACUCCCCUCCUACGAUUGUCGCCUCUUCCCUUCCAGGAAAAUCCGGGGAUCCUGUAG